UUUACAGAUGAUCCUCUCCUGGUGGGUUAUUUAACAUCUUCUUUUACGGGCAACUACAUAGAAGUAAGCUGCAAUCAUGUCUUCCGACUCUGAGAUGGCUGUUUUUGGCGAGGCUGCGUCAUUCUUGCGCAAGUCUGAGAAGGAGCGAAUUGAAGCACAGAGCAAACCUUUUGAUGCCAAGAACAGCUGCUUUGUGAUACAUCCUAAGAGGGUGUAUGCUAGAGGAAUGAUCACAGCUAGGGAAGGUGACAAAGUCACCGUGAAAAACGAUGAGGGUGCGUCUGUGACUGUUAAGGAAGACCAAGUCUGUCCACAGAACCCUCCCAAAUUUGACAAAAUUGAAGACAUGGCCAUGCUGACCCAUUUGAAUGAACCCUCUGUGCUGUAUAACCUUGCAGAUCGUUAUGCAGCCUGGAUGAUCUAUACUUACUCUGGCUUGUUCUGUGCCACUGUUAACCCCUACAAGUGGUUGCCUGUGUAUAACCCAGAGGUGGUUGCUGCCUACAGAGGCAAGAAGCGUCAGGAAGCUCCUCCCCACAUCUUCUCCAUCUCUGACAAUGCCUAUCAGUUCAUGUUAACUGAUCGUGAGAACCAGUCUAUCCUGAUCACUGGAGAAUCUGGUGCAGGAAAGACUGUGAACACAAAACGUGUCAUCCAGUACUUUGCAACAAUUGCAGCUCUGGGGGACAAGAAGAAGCAAGAACCACAGCCAAGUGGCAAAAUACAGGGAACUCUGGAAGAUCAAAUCAUUCAGGCCAACCCACUGCUGGAAGCCUUUGGUAAUGCCAAGACUGUGAGAAAUGACAAUUCCUCACGUUUUGGUAAAUUCAUCAGAAUUCACUUUGGUGCUACAGGAAAACUGGCCUCUGCUGAUAUUGAAACAUAUCUGCUUGAAAAGUCUAGAGUGACAUUCCAGCUUCCAACUGAAAGAGGUUACCAUAUCUUUUACCAAAUCAUGUGCAACAAGAAACCUGAACUUAUUGAGAUGUUGCUGAUCUCCACCAACCCAUACGACUUCCCUUUCUGCAGUCAGGGUGAGAUCACUGUAAAAAGCAUCAAUGAUGAAGAGGAGUUGAUGGCCACCGAUGGAGCCAUUGACAUUUUGGGCUUCACAAAUGAAGAAAAAAUGGGCAUCUACAAGUUGACUGGUGCGAUCAUGCAUCACAGCAACUUGAAGUUCAAGCAGAAGCAACGUGAGGAGCAGGCAGAGCCCGAUGGCACUGAAGUGGCUGAUAAGAUUGCCUACCUGAUGGGCCUGAACUCUGCAGACCUGCUCAAAGCUCUCUGCUAUCCAAGAGUAAAGGUCGGAAAUGAAUUUGUUACCAAGGGUCAAACUGUCCCACAGGUGUACAAUGCUGUUGGUGCCCUGGUUAGGUCCGUUUAUGAGAAAAUGUUCUUGUGGAUGGUAUUCCGUAUCAACCAGCAGUUGGAUACUAAGCAAGCAAGACAGUUCUUCAUUGGUGUCCUGGAUAUUGCUGGUUUUGAAAUUUUUGAUUUCAACACAUUGGAACAGCUGUGUAUCAACUUUACCAAUGAGAAACUGCAACAGUUUUUCAACCACACCAUGUUUGUCCUGGAACAAGAAGAGUACAAGAAGGAAGGCAUUGACUGGGAGUUCAUUGACUUUGGUAUGGACCUGGCUGCUUGUAUUGAGCUGAUUGAGAAGCCUAUGGGCAUUUUCUCCAUCCUUGAAGAGGAGUGCAUGUUCCCCAAGGCCACAGACACUUCCUUCAAGAACAAGCUCUAUGAACAGCAUCUUGGAAAGUCCAACAACUUCCAGAAGCCCAAACCUGCCAAAGGAAAGGCUGAAGCUCACUUCUCACUGGUGCACUAUGCUGGCACUGUAGAUUACAACAUCACUGGAUGGCUGGAGAAGAAUAAGGACCCACUGAAUGAAACCGUUGUGGGGCUCUACCAGAAAUCUUCCCUAAAACUGCUUUCCUUCCUCUAUGCAGCCUAUGGGGGUGCAGAAGAGUCUGGUGGAAAGAAGGGUGGUGGUAAAAAGAAGGGCUCCUCCUUCCAGACAGUAUCUGCUGUCUUCAGGGAAAACUUGAACAAGCUGAUGACUAACUUGAGAAGUACUCAUCCCCACUUUGUGCGUUGCCUGAUUCCCAAUGAAACCAAAACACCAGGUGUAAUGGACAAUGAGCUCUUACUGCAUCAGCUGAGAUGUAAUGGUGUACUAGAAGGUAUCAGGAUUUGCAGGAAAGGAUUUCCAAGCAGAAUCAUCUAUGCUGAUUUCAAACAAAGAUACAGGGUCCUGAAUGCAAGUGCCAUUCCUGAGGGUCAAUUCAUUGACAGUAAGAAGGCAUCAGAAAAACUUCUGGGAUCCAUUGAUGUAGAUCACACCCAAUAUAGAUUUGGACAUACUAAGGUAUUCUUCAAAGCUGGUCUUUUGGGUACCCUUGAGGAAAUGCGAGAUGAGAAACUUGCAAUGCUUAUCACUCGUACACAAGCCAUCUGUCGUGGUUAUGUAAUGAGACUUGAAUUUAAGAAGAUGAUGGAAAGGAGGGAAUCCAUUUUUACCAUCCAGUAUAACAUCAGAUCAUUCAUGAAUGUCAAGACCUGGCCAUGGAUGCAGUUGUACUUCAAAAUAAAGCCUUUGCUGAAGAGUGCAGAGUCUGAGAAAGAAAUGGCCAACAUGAAGGAAGAGUUUGAAAAGACCAAGGCCGAACUGGCAAAGUCAGAGGCCAGAAGAAAGGAACUAGAAGAGAAAAUGAUUUCCCUCUCACAGGAGAAGAAUGACCUUCAACUAUCUGUUCAGUCGGAAACUGAGGCCCUAGCAGAUGCAGAAGAAAGAUGUGAUGGACUCAUCAAGAGUAAGAUUCAGCUUGAAGCCAAAGUUAAAGAGCUGAAUGAAAGGCUGGAAGAUGAGGAGGAAUCAAAUGCUGAGUUAACAGCCAAAAAAAGGAAACUGGAGGAUGAGUGCUCAGAGCUUAAGAAAGACAUUGACGACUUAGAACUCACUCUGGCAAAGGUUGAGAAGGAGAAACAUGCCACUGAAAAUAAGGUAAAAAAUCUGACAGAAGAACUAGCAACCCUUGAUGAAGGCAUUGCUAAGCUAAAUAAGGAGAAGAAGGCCCUUCAAGAGGCACACCAGCAGACUCUUGAUGACCUUCAGGCUGAAGAAGACAAAGUCAACACUCUGACAAAGGCCAAGACAAAGCUUGAACAACAAGUUGAUGAUCUUGAAGGUUCCCUGGAGCAAGAGAAAAAAUUACGCAUGGAUCUUGAAAGAGCCAAGAGAAAGCUAGAAGGAGAUUUAAAACUAUCACAAGAAACUGUUCUGGAUCUUGAAAAUGACAAGCAACAAGCAGAAGAAAAGCUAAAAAAGAAAGACUUUGAGCUUAGUCAGCUGCAGAGCAAAAUAGAGGAUGAACAAGCUAUGGGGUCACAACUGCAGAAAAAAAUCAAAGAGCUGCAGGCUCGUAUUGAAGAACUUGAAGAAGAAAUCGAAGCUGAACGUGCUUCCAGAGCUAAAAUAGAAAAGCAGAGGGCUGACCUUGCCAGGGAACUUGAAGAAAUCAGCGAAAGACUUGAAGAAGCUGGUGGUGCAACCGCUGUCCAGACUGAGAUGAACAAGAAGCGCGAAGCAGAGUUUCAGAAACUGCGCCGGGAUCUGGAAGAGGCCACACUGCAACACGAAGCCACAUCUGCUGCUCUCCGUAAGAAGCAGGCUGAUACUGUCGCAGAGCUUGGAGAGCAGAUUGAUAACCUGCAACGUGUGAAGCAAAAACUAGAGAAGGAAAAAAGUGAACUGAAGAUGGAAAUUGACGAUCUUGCCGGCAACAUGGAAUCUGUCUCAAAAUCAAAGGCAAAUCUUGAAAAACUUGCUCGAUCACUUGAAGAUCAACUGAGUGAGGUCAAGUCAAAAGAUGAUGAGCAUGUGCGCCUUAUUAGCGAUUUAACUGCUCAAAAAGCAAGACUGCAGACAGAAACAGGUGAAUUUGCACGACAACUUGAAGAAAAGGAAGCCCUGGUAUCACAACUGACAAGGGGUAAACAAGCCUUUACUCAACAGACUGAGGAACUGAAGAGGCACCUGGAAGAAGAAGUUAAGGCCAAGAAUGCACUGGCACAUGCCUUGCAGUCUGCCCGCCAUGACUGUGAUCUGCUUCGUGAACAAUUUGAGGAAGAACAGGAAGCAAAAGCUGAACUUCAGAGAUCCAUGUCCAAAGCCAAUAGUGAAGUUGCACAGUGGCGAACCAAAUAUGAAACAGAUGCUAUCCAGCGCACAGAAGAGCUGGAAGAGGCAAAGAAAAAGCUUGCUCAACGCCUGCAAGAAGCUGAGGAACAAAUUGAGGCUGUAAACUCCAAAUGCGCUUCCUUAGAAAAGACCAAGCAGAGACUUCAGGCUGAAGUUGAAGAUCUGAUGAUUGAUGUUGAGAGAUCAAACUCUGCAGCUGCAGCUCUUGACAAAAAACAGAGAAACUUUGACAAGGUUCUGGCAGAAUGGAAGCAGAAGCAUGAAGAAGGUCAGGCUGAGCUGGAAGCUGCUCAGAAGGAAUCCCGUAGCCUCAGUACAGAAAUCUUCAAACUCAAAAAUGCCUAUGAGGAAACUCUGGACCAGCUUGAAACAAUGAAACGUGAAAACAAGAACUUGCAGCAGGAAAUCUCAGAUCUUACUGAACAAAUUGGUGAGACAGGAAAGUGCAUCCAUGAGAUGGAAAAAGCCAAGAAGCAGGUUGAGCAAGAGAAAAGUGACCUCCAGGCCGCACUUGAGGAGGCAGAGGGAUCACUGGAACAUGAAGAGGCUAAAAUACUCCGUAUUCAGCUGGAGUUGAACCAAGUCAAGUCUGAAGUGGACAGGAAGAUUGCAGAGAAAGAUGAAGAGAUUGAACAAAUGAAAAGAAACCAUGCAAGGGUGGUAGAAUCCAUGCAGAGCACACUGGAUUCUGAAGUCAGGAGCAGAAAUGAUGCCCUUAGAGUGAAGAAGAAGAUGGAAGGAGAUCUGAAUGAGAUGGAAAUUCAGCUGAGCCAUGCCAACCGACAAGCUGCUGAAGCUCAGAAACAUCUGAGGAACACUCAAGGUCAACUUAAGGAUGCUCAACUACACCUUGACGAUGCUCUCAGAAGCCAGGAUGACCUGAAAGAACAGGUAGCUGUGAUUGAGCGCAGGAAUACCUUGUUGCAAGCAGAAGUUGAAGAGAUAAGAGCUGCACUUGAACAAACAGAGAGAGGCCGCAAGGUUGCAGAACAAGAACUGCUAGAUGCAAGUGAGCGUGUGCAGCUCCUGCAUUCCCAGAACACCAGCCUUAUCAACACCAAGAAGAAGCUUGAGAGUGACAUCACCCAGCUCCAGUCAGAGGUGGAUGAAUCAGUGCAGGAAGCAAGGAAUGCUGAGGAAAAGGCAAAGAAGGCCAUCACUGAUGCUUCCUUAAUGGCUGAAGAACUGAAGAAAGAACAGGACACCAGUGCCCACCUUGAAAGGAUGAAGAAGAACCUUGAACAGAGUGUGAAGGACCUGCAACAUCGUUUGGAUGAGGCUGAGCAGUUAGCAAUGAAGGGUGGAAAGAAACAGCUCCAGAAACUGGAAUCCAGAGUACGUGAACUAGAAAAUGAGCUGGAAGCAGAACAGAAACGAGGUGCUGAAGCUAUCAAGGGUGUUCGCAAAUAUGAAAGGAGAGUUAAGGAGCUCAGUUAUCAGUCUGAAGAGGACAAGAAAAACAUAUUGAGACUUCAGGAUCUGGUCGACAAACUCCAACUGAAAGUCAAAACUUACAAGAGACAAUCAGAAGAAUCUGAGGAGCAGGUUAAUACCCAACUUUCCAAGUUCAGAAAGGUCCAGCAUGAGCUUGAAGAAGCAGAGGAACGUGCUGAUAUCGCCGAGUCCCAGGUCAACAAGCUCAGAGCUAAGAGCCGUGAUAUUGGUGGCAAGAAAGGAGAGAGUGAAGAAUGAAUGCCCAUAACGGGAGCAACGUGAAGUGAAGAAUGAAGCAAAAUGUGGAUUUCUUCUACUCACAGAACCAAAAAGGAUCAUUUACUGUAAAUGUGCUAGUUUUUUCUAAGUAUCAAUAAAAAUUAUUUAAUACAA